AUGACAGUCUCGUUUCAUUGGGUCAAGGCGCACGCAGGCACCGAAGGUAACGAAAAGGCGGAUGCGCUCGCCAACGCUGGGCGUACACAGGGGCGCAACGGCGGAAGUAACAUGGUUCCCCCGGACACUCCGCCCCAGGACCACACCCCCACCAUGUCAGCGGACACCAUGGUGCACGCCAUGAAGCAGGCUGCGGCGGAUCACUUUCCUUACAAAGAACGACGCGCGCACACACCAUGGAUCAAAGAUCACACCCUACAGCUCCUGGCCCAGGCACGGGCAGCGCAAGCGGAAGGUCGCGAAGAUUGGAAAACGCAAAGAAACAAAGCCAAGAGGGCAGCGCGCAAGGAUAGAAUCGACUGGGUUCAUGACCAACUUUUAGCAGACCCGGAUGCCAGUCACUCACCGCUUUGGAAUGCAGUUCGCCGACAGAAAAAAGGACGGUUCACUUUGGACGACCUUCAACGGGCCAUUCAAAAAAGUAAAGGCGGAAAGGCUCCGGGACCGGACCAGGCCUUUGACUCACUCGACCACACCGCCAUGCUCGAGGCGUUGCGCCGCUAUCCAACGUUCGAUUUAGAGUACGCGGAUGACACAUUGUUGUUAGCUUUGACCACACCGCAGAUGCAGGCCAUUCUCACAUCAUUAGAGUCAGUGUUCGUGGCCGUGUUCAUCGUUACCCAGUGA